UCGAGUAGGUAUAUAUACCAAUAUUCUCACGCACUUCUCCUCGAUUUCUUCACCUUCUCUGCGUGUUUCUGCUUCUCUUGUGCAAAAUCUGCGAUAUGGCGUUCCGGAGGAUCAUUUUGGGCCAAGUUGGUCGUGUCGGAGAGCGAUCGAUGUCGUCGUGGUGGCGAAAUGUCCAGCCAGCUGCUAAGGAUCCGAUUCUCGGAGUAACCGAAGCUUUCCUCGCUGAUCCGAGUCCGGAUAAAGUGAACGUCGGAGUUGGAGCUUAUCGCGACGAUAAUGGAAAGCCGGUGGUGUUGGAGUGCGUGCGGGAGGCAGAACGGAGAAUUGCGGGUAAUCUCAGCAUGGAGUAUCUUCCAAUGGGAGGAAGUGCAAAAAUGGUCGAGGAAACACUAAGAUUGGCUUACGGGGAGAAUUCUGACUUGAUUAAGGAUAAGAGAAUUGCAGCAAUACAAUCUCUAUCUGGGACUGGUGCAUGCCGAAUUUUUGCAGAGUUUCAAAGGCGUUUUUGUCCAGAUUCACAAAUUUACAUUCCGGUCCCUACCUGGGCCAAUCAUCAUAACAUCUGGAGAGACGCCCAUGUCCCUCAAAGAACUUUCCACUAUUAUCAUCCAGAGUCAAGGGGAUUGGACUUUGCUUCAAUGAUGGAUGACAUAAAGAGUGCUCCAAAUGGAUCAUUUUUCCUGCUUCAUGCUUGUGCUCAUAAUCCUACCGGAGUGGAUCCUUCGGAAGAACAAUGGAGGGAGAUUUCAUACCAGUUCAAGGUCAAAGGACAUUUUCCCUUCUUUGACAUGGCAUAUCAAGGUUUUGCGAGUGGUGAUCCAGAGAGGGAUGCUAAGUCUAUCAGGAUCUUUCUUGAGGAUGGUCAUCUAAUUGGAUGUGCGCAAUCAUAUGCAAAAAAUAUGGGACUUUAUGGCCAGAGAGUUGGCUGCCUGAGUGUGGUUUGUGAGGAUGAAAAGCAAGCGGUGGCCGUGAAAAGCCAGUUGCAGCAGCUUGCCAGACCCAUGUACAGUAAUCCACCUACGCAUGGUGCCCUGAUUGUUUCUACCGUUCUUGGUGAUCCAAACUUGAAGAAGUUGUGGCUUAAGGAAGUAAAGGGCAUGGCUGAUCGUAUCAUUGGAGCAAGAAUAGCAUUGAGACAAAAUCUCGAAAAGUUGGGGUCAUCUCUUUCCUGGAAGCACAUAACGAACCAGAUUGGCAUGUUCUGCUAUAGUGGGUUGACACCUGAACAAGUUGACCGCUUAACUAAUGAAUUCCAUAUUUACAUGACUCGUAAUGGUCGUAUCAGCAUGGCGGGAGUCACCACAGGAAACUUUGGUUACCUGGCUAAUGCAAUUCAUGAGGUGUCCAAGUCUGCUUAGGAACUUGAUACUGACGCAUGUUUCAGCAAUAAUCCAAACGGAGGCUUUGGAAGGUUACAGGUUCUUUGUACAAUUCAAGAGAUUUUGGCUUUUAGGAAUUUUUUGAGAUUUUCUUCCAACUUUGUGAUCCUAACACUAGGAUGGACAAGUGAGAAGUCCUUCUUGAAGAGUUGAAGGAAAGCACUGAGGACAUAAGCAACAGAUAUUUGAUUUUGAAUAAAUGCCGGUGCAUGUAUUCAUUUUAUACCCUCCAACUCUGGAACUUUUGGCAGCUAGGAAUCAUUUGACUGUUGUAAUUCAGAGGUCGAAUCGAAGGUUAUGGAAUGUAAUUUUUCCAUUCAUAAUCAAAGAUGUCACCUUCUCAAAACUCAGCAACUGAAUCAUUUUUUGUGUUUAGCAGGGUGAUCUCACCCCCUUUUUUUCACUUGGUGUAUGAACUAUGAAGAACUUUAAUAACUGCCAAUUAAAUUUUAUUGCGUUUUGGA